GAUUUACCGAACAUCUCCUAUGACCGUCUGUUGAUAAAAAGUGUUUCGUGACUGACCUCUACAUUGUUCUGAAUGAACUCUGUUCUACACUGGAUGUUGGCGAUACUAGUGUGCUUGACAGAUCAGGGUUAUAUGCAGCUACUAUCCGGUAUGUAAACAAAAUUGUUUAUGUGGUAACGGCAGGACACGGCAGGAAAGCGACGUGUGCGCGAAACGAAAAUUAUGCGGUAAAGAGACAUCAAUCGGAUGUCCCAAAACGUUGCCUUUUUUCCGAAAUGUAAAUUAUAAAUGUAGCAGAGUCACAAUAUUGGCAGAUGCCGUUUCUUGUCGGGAAGAUGAAAGUGACGACGUUAAAGGGCAUUUUCCCCGAUCCCAAGCCAGUCAGAAGGAAGAAUUUUAUUCAGGAAAACGUGAAAAACCUCCGGCGAAUGGAACAAUGCUUCCACGCGAGCAAGGAGGUGGAAGAGCUACAAAAGUUACAAUUACACAAGCAUCAUAAAAGUACAGACAAGUAUCAGAAUGUACCCGCAAAGGUGGUCACUAGCUUCCGAGACAAGAAGAAACAUGAGAGUUAUAAUAUUGAUCGAGUGUCAACUGACAAAGUAGAAAUUGACGAACAAGCUCAAAAUGGGACCAACGUAUUUGAGUGUGAUAAAAGGCAAACUACUCCUACUAAAAAGGUUGUUGGACCAGGAAUGAAUAAUAACAUAUCAGGCAGACAAAAGAGAACUGGCAAACAUAAGAGUCAGCAGAAAUUACAACCAAAGAUUUUAUCCGAACCAAAUGUGCACAAGUUCGAUAAUGCUGCAAAUGGUUUAGAUGCACGAAGCACCGUUAAGUACAAAAGUCAAGGGAUUCAGACUUUAGAUACAGAUCAAUUGGAAAGUAUAUAUUCUGAAGGUGUUAUUCGGUAUCCAUCAAAGAACAUUACAAGGCAUGAAACAGCGAAUAAUGGUGAUUUAAAUAAGCAAGAGGAGAAGACUUCGAGGAAACAAUCUGAUUCUCCUACAGACAGAGGCGAUAUGCAUGGUCCCGAAGAUUUGCAGAAAAUCGAUUUACGAAAAUCCGUGUCGCCGACAUCUAAAGAGGAGAUCGAUUUUAUCAAAUUAAAUAAAGAACGUACUUCUGUUGCUAAUAAGUUGAUGACGCAACUUCAUAAUGGUGUGCCACCUCCGAAUUAUCGCAAGGGAGUUGUACCUAAAUACCUUCGAGAUAGAAAAGAAGCACAAGAAAAGGAACAAAAGGCCAAGGCGGAAGCAUUGCAUUCUGACUGUCCAGAGGGUCACGUGCCCUUACCUGAUCACGAACGCAAGGAGACGCUACGAUUAUUAAAAAAAAAUUAUCAAGAUUAUGUCAACGAAUUAAAUAUGAUGCCUAUAAAAACGGAUACUCUCAGAGCACAGAGGCGUAAGAUUGAGAUAGAGAAGCAACUGAAUAAACUGGAAGAAGGGAUUAAAGUGUUUUCACGUCCAAAAGUUUACGUGAAAAUAAAUGCAUAAAUUGUGUUGCUUCGACUAGAACGCAAUGUGUACGUUUAGAAAUAUUGAUUGUCCGUCCGUGUUUCAAUCCAAAAUGUCAUACAUUAGGCCUGUUCGCGUUUUAGCUUAACUUCUUAUACAAUUCAUCUUUCCUCUUUUUCGUUUCACGUUGGCGAGAAAAUGAGAAAAAAUGAACUGUCCAAGAAGUUCAGCUAAUGUC